AUGGCGAUCACCAAAAUCCACGCCCGCUCCGUUUAUGAUUCUCGCGGUAACCCCACCGUUGAGGUUGAUGUCGUAACCGAGACUGGGCUUCAUCGUGCCAUUGUCCCAUCCGGUGCUUCUACCGGUCAGCAUGAGGCAUGUGAACUCCGUGACGGCGACAAGUCAAAGUGGCUCGGAAAGGGUGUGUUGAACGCAGUCAAGAACGUCAACAGCAUCAUUGGCCCCGCCAUCAUUAAGGAGAACAUCGACGUCAAGGACCAGUCCAAGGUUGAUGAGUUUCUGAACAAGCUUGACGGAACCCCCAACAAAUCCAAGUUGGGUGCCAACGCCAUCCUCGGUGUCAGUCUGGCCAUUGCCAAGGCCGGUGCUGCCGAAAAAGGUGUCCCCCUCUACGCUCACGUUUCCGACCUCGCUGGCACCAAGAAGCCAUAUGUCCUCCCCGUUCCAUUUCAGAAUGUGCUCAAUGGCGGUUCCCAUGCAGGUGGCCGUCUGGCCUUCCAGGAAUUCAUGAUUGUCCCAACCGCUGCCCCGUCCUUCUCCGAGGCCCUCCGCCAAGGCUCAGAAGUCUAUCACAAACUGAAAGCCCUCGCCAAGAAGAAGUACGGCCAAUCUGCCGGCAAUGUCGGUGAUGAGGGUGGUGUUGCCCCCGACAUCCAAACUCCCGAAGAAGCCUUGGACCUGAUUACCGAAGCCAUCGAGCAGGCUGGGUACACGGGCCAGGUCAAGAUUGCUCUUGACAUUGCCUCGAGCGAAUUCUACAAGGCCGAUGAGAAGAAAUACGAUCUCGACUUCAAGAAUCCAGAUAGCGAUAAAAGCAAGUGGCUCACGUAUGAGCAGUUGGCAGAUCUGUAUAAGAAGCUUGCCAGCAAGUAUGCUAUUGUCAGCAUUGAAGAUCCAUUCGCUGAAGAUGACUGGGAGGCUUGGAGCUAUUACUUCAAAACCUGUGAUUUGCAGGUUGUCGCCGAUGAUCUUACCGUCACCAACCCCAUCCGCAUCAAGAAAGCCAUCGAGCUUAAAUCCUGCAACGCCCUGCUCCUCAAAGUCAACCAAAUAGGCACCCUCACUGAAUCCAUCCAGGCAGCCAAGGACUCCUACGCUGCCGGCUGGGGCGUGAUGGUCUCCCACCGCUCCGGCGAGACGGAGGAUGUCACCAUCGCCGAUGUCGUUGUGGGAUUGAGAGCUGGACAGAUUAAGACGGGUGCACCUGCGCGCUCAGAACGGUUGGCCAAGCUCAAUCAGAUCUUGAGAAUUGAGGAGGAGUUGGGGAGCAAUGCGGUUUAUGCGGGGGACAAGUUCCGGGCAGCUAUUAAUAUGUAA